AUGCCGCCGACCAAGAGCCACGCCGCCGCCGGGUCGCUGGUGCUGUCCAUCGCGUCGUGCGUCGUGUACAGCGUCAUGUCGAACGUCAUGGUGCUGACGAACCGCUACCUGCUGGGCAAGAAGUACUACGGCUUCGACGAAAAGUUCUUCGUGGUGGCCGUGCAGGCGGCCGUGGCCGUGCUCGUGCUGGAGCUGGCCAAGAUGCAGAAGCUCAUCUCGUACGACCCGUACGACGCCAAGAUCGCGCGCAAAUGGGCGCCCGUGACCUUCUUCUUCGUGGCCAUGCUGUACACGGGCAUGCAGGCCACCGCGGGGCUGCCCAUCCACAUCGUGACCGUGUUCAAGAACGUGACCAACAUCAUUAUCGUCUUCGGCGAGUGGCGCUUCUUCGGCGAGCGCGUGGGCGGCCUCGUGCUCGUGAGCCUCGGCGUCAUGCUCAUGGGCGCCGUCAUGUCCUCGUACAGCGACGUGGGCGGCAAGGCCACGCCCUCGACGCUCUCGGGCUACUUCUGGAUGUUCCUCAACUGCGCGGCCACGGCCGGCUACGUGCUGUACAUGCGCUACGCCACGUCGCGCUCGUCGCUCAAGAUCUCCAAGUUCGGCAUGGCCUUCUACAACAACCUCAUCUCGCUGCCGCUGCUGGCGCCCCCGCUCGUGCUCAACGGCGAGGCCUUCACGGUCUGGAGCAACCCGCUGCUCGGCAACUUCAACUUCACCAUGCUGCUCUUCAUCAGCGGCGUGCUGGGCGUCGGCCUCAACCUCGCCUCCUUCUGGUGUGUCUCGGUCACGUCCGCCACUACGUACGCUACGGUUGGAGGGCUGAACAAGAUCCCCACCACGUUCAUCGGCGUGCUACUGCUCGGCGAGCCGCUCAAGCCCGACACGGCCAUCUACGUGACGUUCGGCAUGGUCGGCGGUAUCCUCUACGGUUACGCCAAGUUCAAAGAGGGCGAGGCGGCCAAGAAGCGCAAGGCGGCCGCGCAGGACGCACUGCCCCAGACCACCCACGAUACCAAGGCAUAGAUCUAUCGGUCCAUUUUGUGGACCAGGCGAAGGAGGCGUGAGUGGAAUGGACGUCUGCGUCCAUUCUCCUCCCUCCCUCUUCUCUCCAGUGCGUUGGAAUGCAUUUCAUGCCUUUUUGCCUUUGAACUGCAGCGGUUUGCACGGAUAUGAAGAGACAAAAUGUAUUGAAAGGCAUUUCGGUG